AUGGCGUUUCUCUCCUCUUCUUCAUCGUCUCCGGCGAUGCAGAAAGGGAUUUUCCUUAGCGUGCCGGUACUUGUACUCUCAGUUUCGUUCGCAGCUGCUGUCUUCUUCCUCCUCUCGUCUUCUCUAUCGUCCUGCUCCUGUCCUCCAUCUGUAAUACCUUCCCGCAACGACGCCGGUGUAGCUUCCUCCGGUGAUGUGAGGUUGGAGGAGAGGAUAUCGCCGACGCGAGAGGAUAUAGAGUGGGUUAGAGAUCUGAUUAGAUCGAACGGUUUGCAUAUGCAGAAGAAUGAGCUCCGGAAAGGGAUCAAUCCUCGCACUAGGGAUCAACAACUCAUAGAUCUAAAACAGUACAAGGGUAUAUCCCAUUACGAAGGAGAAGAAGCAAACAACCACACAGCUCUUCCAUGCCCCGGUGAGUUGCUAGUUGAACAGCAUCACAGCAACUACGGUGAGCCUUGGGCAGGUGGGCGCGAUGUGUUCGAGUUCUUGGCUGAAUCAGCCAAUCUUAAACCAAGCUCUCGUGUCCUUGAAAUUGGAUGUGGCACGUUACGUGUGGGUUUGCAUUUCAUCCGCUACCUCAAUCCCCAAAAUUUCCACUGCCUUGAAAGGGACGAGCUUUCUCUAAUGGCUGCUUUGAGGUACGAGCUCCCAUCUCAGGGUCUUCUACAUAAACGACCUCUCAUAGUCAGAGGCGAAGAUAUGGAAUUCAGCAAGUUUGGCUCAGGUAUAACCUAUGAUCUGAUCUACGCAAGUGCAGUCUUCCUCCACAUGCCUGAUAAACUCGUGUGGACUGGACUUGAAAGGCUAGUGGGAAAGUUGAAGCCUUACGAUGGGAGAAUCUUCGUGUCGCAUAACGUAAAGUUUUGUUCGCGGUUAGGAGGAGACGAGUGUGCAAAGAAGCUAGCAAGUUUAGGACUUGAGUAUCUUGGAAAGCAAACACAUGAUAGCCUGCUGUUUAAUCACUACGAGAUCUGGUUCGGGUUUAGACGGUUUAAAACGUAG